AUUCAUUCUAUCAGAUACUACAGUAGCGGGAUGCUGACAAAGGGGCAGACUUUGCUGUUUGUGCUGGGAGCUGCUUGCGCACAGAUUGUCACCUGUUUCAGUAAUGGCAAAGUGAGCCAGGCUUGUGAUGACAUGACACCAGAUCAUGGCCAUUCAUCUAGUCCAGAACCUGCACCAUACAGUAUUAAUGCAGACAAGCAUACGUUCAACCCUGGAGAUCAAAUCAAAGUGACCUUAUCAGCACCUUCUUCAGGGAGCGUUGAUCACUUCAAAGGGUUUCUUAUAGAGGCCCGGAAUGCACAGAAUUUGAACAGUGCUGCUGUUGGAUCAUUCACUCUAGUCAAUCCCAAGAUCUCACAGCUUCUGCAGUGUGGCCACACAAAGGGAUCAGCCGUAAGUCACACGAGCGGCAAGCACAAGAAGGAAGUGCAGGUUAUAUGGACCGCUCCAAAUGAGCCUCCUCCCAGUGUCCAGUUUCUGGUGACUGUGGUUUAUAAAUACAAAGAGUUCUGGGUGAAGAUCCCAGGUCCUGUAGUAACUCUGCCUGGUGUGUCCCCACCUCCGCCGCAGCCCACACACUCAGCAAAGACCACUACACCUUCAUCAGUACUGUCUGCCCCGUUCUCCUCUGAGGGAUGUGGCAGCACAAAGUCCUGUCUGAGGGAGCCAGUGGGCUGCAAUCCACAGGAAGAGCCCCAGUGUUACUUCCUGUCUUUCAGCACAAAGGGCCAGACGGUGAUGUUUGAGCUCAGCGGACCAGCUGAUGGAUAUGUGUCCUUUGCCCUGUCACAAGACAUAUGGAUGGGGAAGGAUGAUGUAUACCUGUGUGUGAAAUACAAGGAUCGCGUUGACAUCAGUGCUGCAUAUGUUGAAGGACGGACUCAUCCAGCGCUAGCAUCAGAGAACGUGCUCAAAGACACAGCGUGGAGGCUCGCUGAUGGAAUCAUUCAGUGUCGCUUCAGCCGAGAUGUACGCGUCUCAUCACAGAGCCAGGGCCGAUUUGACAUGGAUCAGAAAUACUACCUGUUCCUGGCCCAUGGAAGAGCAGAAGAUGGUACGAUACAUAGACAUGACCGCCAGCCACUGAUUUCGGGCAUUGAGAAAGUGAUAACAGGACCCCCAGAGGAUUUAGCUGGCUCUCGCUCUCCCCUCAUCAUGAAAUUUCACGGUGCCUUUAUGCUCAUUGCAUGGAUGACAACUGUCAGCACUGGUGUCAUAAUCGCGCGCUACUUCAAACCAGACUGGCCUCAGAAGACUUUAUUUGGACAGAAAAUCUGGUUUCAGCUGCAUCGUACAUUAAUGGUGGUUACGGUGGUUCUGACUUGUAUUGGCUUCAUACUUCCAUUUGUCUAUAGAGGAGGAUGGAGUAAGCGUGCAGGGUCACACCCUUAUCUGGGCUGCACAGUUAUGGUUCUUGCCAUUAUUCAGCCUGUAAUGGCCCUGUUCAGACCAGCUCCAGACGCUUCACGACGAUACAUUUUCAACUGGUUGCACUUUGGUGUGGGUUCUGCAGCGCAUUUAAUUGCUGUGGUGGCUAUCUUCCUGGGCAUACACCAACAGGCUCUGUGCCUUCCUGCUCCCUGGUCCACAUGGAUUGUGGCUUGUUUUGUGGUCUGGGGUGUACUGGCAGACCUAGCUCUGGAAGCCAACAAGAGGGGCCUUUUGUCUACAGGCCGUUUCUUCAAAAACUUUCAGAUGGUCUCAGAUGGUAAUGAUGCUGAGGAUGGAGAUGAGAUUUUAUUUGUUGAGGCAGAAAAUGCAAGUAAAGAAUCUUCAUUCAAAACAAUUGUCUUGGCUGUCUUUCUGUUGGGAAACUUUGGAUUUUUAACUGUUCUCCUAACGACCAUCAGCAGUGUGUAACUUAAGGUUCCCACUCUGAGUGUUGUACAUUCCACCUCAGUGUGCCCAGAGGGAGCAGAUCCCAUUGAGAAGACGCCUAUUUGCACUUUCUGUCAUAAAUAUGACAGGCAUUUGAAAUAGAUGAAUAUUCAGUGUAUCAUCAUCUCCCCUGUUUGCUGUAGUCCUGCCAUUCUAUUGCUGUCUGUCUGAUGAUUUAUUUUUCAUUCCCUUAGAAUGAAAUUAGAAGACAUUAAUAAUACCAAAGAUACAUACUUUACAUCUCCAAAGAGUGGUACAAACUAAUAUUUAUUGCAGUUUGUGAAGAAAGUUAAUUACAAGACAUCACUCUAUCACAUUAUUAUUAUUAUUUUUAUUUAAUGUAGAUUUUGCUGCUGUUGGAUUGUUUAGGUUUACUGCUAAUGGAUUUCGUGUCUGACAGAUUGAUAUGAUUGGGUAGAUGUGGUUCCAUUUUACAUUAAGUACCUUUGUAUUCACAAAAAUAAGUCAGUUAUGCCUUGCACACAUUUAACUAUAGUUCUUAGUUAUGUGCAGUUGAUGUCAUUACCAAUGAAAACAUUUUAUUCUAGCUGCACAUAACAUUAUAAAUAACCUAAGAGUUAAGCUAUUCCUUUAUAAUACAGUUAUCAGGUGAUAGCAGAGGGAUCAGAUCUAUUUUUUAUAAAGUGGAAUGUUGUGCACAGCCUUUUGCACUAUUUUUUAUAAAAUCAAUUAUUUAUUAAAAAUAAAUGUUACUGCUUUUUUUUCCUCUAUUUUAAUCAUAAGGUGCUAUCAAUCAGUUUCUAAAAGCCUGCAUGAUUUGAGUGCCUGUCAGCUUUUGUGAAUGUUCUUCCCUGUUAAUUUGAAUGUUCCUUUCUGUCCUGUCAGGGUGUUCUGUUACACUUAAAUGCAUUACUAAGUCUGUAAGUGCAGGGUAAGGGUUGUCACCGUUCAGUAAUGUGUCAUGGGGAGGAAAACGUGUCGUUUGGACUGAAGCUAAUGGAAGACAUGGCUGUACCCUCAGGGCGAUCGUUAGUACCCAAGUGCCUUUUAAUAAUCUCUGAUAGUACAGCAGUUCAAAUGAGUGAUUUGAAUCCAUAAGUUGCACUGUUUGAUAAAGAACAUGACUACGUUCUACAAGAUUUGUAUAUUCAUGUUUAUUGUUAUGCACUGAUUUGUCAAACACUUGGUUUGAAAAUGCAAAUAAAUUCAAAUGUGUUUUGUU